CUGGUAUGUCCCAGGAAGCUCGACAGCAAUACUACUACCUCCAGUUCAAAAUAAGCGUCCAGUUUUGAACUAGACUUGAGACAUUUAUUUUGAAUCGGAGGAAGUACAUUUUAGUGGAUUCAGGUCUUGUGUUCUGUUAUUAUAACAAGAGGUCUUAUGACUCGAACGCUGACGACUGCAGCGGCCAGAGCGUGCAGCCUGUGCGACUCUGCUGUCAGGGAGUGUAGACUCCUGUCAAAUUUGGGGCCAAUUUGGAGGAGCUGGUCUGACAAAGAAGACAUUUUGUCCGUUUGGAUUUUAGAAAAUGUCAUUGGUGGGUGAUUGGAAGCCAAAAUGUCUCAAAGAGGACAUUUGGAUAUAGCUUUGAGAAUCCCAUCGGAGAUGCUCAUAUACUUGAGUACAAGAAACGAAAUGGAAAAAUCCCCGGAGAACUUUAGUCAGUACAUCAUGUACAUGUAUGGCACGGCAAUAGCCAGCAAAAUUUCCAAGACACGGCAAUGAUAAGAUAAACUUUGCGUGUGACGCUAUAGUGAGCGCAAAACAUAGAUUGGACGUGGCAAUGAUGUUAUGCCACCUGCGUUACGGGAUGCCUUGGCACCAAAUCCUAAACAAAACUUAUCCUUCUACUUAAACCCCGAAGCCCUUCACGCAUAAAUCCAUCCAUCACACAGACACAGCUUCCGAGAACAGGGAUCAUGGAUACGGGAGUAGAACAAGCAGUCGUCGGUGUGCGGGAGGGGGAGCUCACGCUCAUCCCGGGUUUGCCAGAGGACGCGGCCAUGGAGUGCCUGGCGCGGGUGCCGAGCCGGUGGCACCGGCCGAUGCGCCACGUGUGCCGGGGCUGGCGCCGCGCCGUCGGCUCACCAGAGUUCCGCCGGCGAAGAAGAAUCGCGGGUUCAACCGAAGACAUCGUGUACCUCGUCCAGGCCGCGCCCGCCGACAAAUCAAAGUCCUCGACUACGCCAGAGUGCUGGCUGGCGACGGCGAACCUCACAACGGGCGAUUGGCGGCGCGUAACCCACGCCGUGCCGCUCUUCGCGCAGUGCGCGUCGGUCGCCGGCCACCACGUGGCCGUCUUGGGCGGCUGGGACCCGGACACGCUCCGCCCGGCCCGCGACGUCCGUGUGCUCGACGCCCAGGCCGCUACGUGGCGCCGCGGGCAGCCGAUGCCGGACGCCCGGAGCUUCUUCGGGUGCGCGGGGUCAGACGACGGCGACGUGGUCCACGUGGCCGGCGGGCACGACGAGUCCAGGCGCCCGCUCCGCUCCGGCUGGGCGUACAGCGUCGCGGCCGACGCCUGGCGCGCGCUCCCGGACAUGCGCGAGGCGCGCGACGAGCCGCAGCUCGUCGUCGUCGCGUCGUGGCCGUCGUCAGGCUCAGGCGGAGGAGGAGCGCGGCUCUUCGCCGCCAGCGGGUACCCGACCGUGGUCCAGGGCGCGUGCAAGAAGACAGCGGAAUGCUACACCACCGCGGGCGGCGACGAGGCCUGGUCGGACGAGGGAAGCAUGGUGCCCCCCGAGGCCGUGCUGGUCUCGGUGGGCCGCGGGAAGCUGUGGGCCGUCGGGGCCGGGAAGGGCGGCGUGCGGGAGUACUACUGGGCCGACGGCACGUGGAGGGAGGUCGCGGACGGGCCGCCCGGGAUGAAGGCGUGCGUCAUGGCGGUCGGCAUCGGCGGCGGCGACGGCGUGCUCGUGUUCGGCAAGGUGCAGCGGCGGGCCAACAACGCGGCGGGAGGGUUAGGCAAGUACGCGGCGUGGGUGAUGAGGAUGGGCACGGGUGGCGCGCGGGGGUGGAACCGUGUGCCCGUGCCGCCGGGGUUCUGCACGUUCGUUUACGCCGCCGCGGCCGUGCGGGUUUAGCGUCCGUCUUGUUUCAGACGCGAACGCUACCAUGUUACAGACGCGAACGCAGUCACGCUUGGGUGCAAUGCCAAAUUGCCAAUGCGUGUCGUGCGUACAAAGCGCCAGUGUGUUUGAGAAAGAAAGAAAAACUGCUUAAAUCUCCCGACUUGAAAAA